AAUUAAUCUAAAAAAAAAUGAAGAAUCAGGAGAGAAUGACCCUCAUAGGAGGCAACAUAAUUCAAAAGGGGAGUCCCCUCUACUUAAAAACCAUAGCGUGUCGUGAAUGUGUGUGUGUGUAAUCAUCCCUCCCCAUAGAUGAUCUUCCAUUCCAUUUCUGAACGCGGCAUGUAGACAAUAAAGCAUGCCGAGCUCUUGAAUCCCGUUAGGUUCCCCCACUCGACAAUCCGUCAGCCCUCGAAACCGACAUAGCAUCCCCAAGCUGUAUGUAAUUCCCCAUUUCUCUUCUCUGCGUCACAAAAUGUACCCAAGAAUCCUUACCUGCCAAGCAUGAAAUUCUCCCUCUUUAUCCGGGCGUUUAUUCUCUUCUUCUGUUCUCCCCAAUCGUAAACACACACAGACUGUUUUCUUCUCGCACCCACACAUUGUAAGCUCAAGGGAGUUCAGGCUCUUUGCUCUCUCUUUGCUCUUACUCGGUGUCCUUUGGUCCUACCGUCGCCCAACGGGUGGUUGACAUGCCAAUAAAUAAAGACAGUGUUUCCAGAUUAGACCGUAGCAGGCGCUAGUCGCUCUUUCUUCCUCUCGCCAUCUCUCGGAUCCGUUCUCUUCCUCAAAACUGUUUCUGUCUCUCUCUGCCUUUUUAAUAAAAGGAACAAACUGGUAUCGGGCCUAACGUGAGUAGUGUCGACGGGAUCUAGUGCGCCUGGCACAGUGGGCGUACCGAACACACGUCUCUUUCUCUUUAUCGACAUUAACACGCAUGCGUGGUUAUCAACCGAUUUUUCUAUCCCUUCUCGCUGUCACCUUUAACAGAGCGGUUGAGUUUAUCUCUAGAUGUAUCUGGUUCGAGCUCCGAACAGAAACAAGGACAAAGAAGUUGUCGUGGAGAUUUUGGAGGUUAGAACAGACUGAAACAGAAAACAGAAUUAGAACAAAAAGACACAUCAUCAAUAUUCUUAUGGAAAUAAUGAAGCCUGGAGGGCUGUUGAGAAAGGCCGACAAAAUCUAUCGAUUAAUUUGUCAUGGCGAUCUCGCUCGAUCGGGUUCAACGAUGCCGGAUUUGACAGCAGUCAGGUAUAAAGUCAAACGAGGGCCCUUUGGAGAAAUAACCGGGACCCACGUCAACUUUUUUCAGCAAUUGUUGGGACACAAUCGAGUUAUUACUGAUCCAAAUGAGUGCGACGCUUACAAUGUCGACUGGGUGAAAACGGUGCGAGGAAGUAGUAGGCUGGUGCUAAAACCAAAAACAACCGAUGAAGUUAAGGAAAUUCUCAAGUUCUGCAAUGAUAAUCGGCUGGCUGUUUGUCCUCAGAGUGGGAAUACUGGUCUUGUAGGUGGAAGUGUGCCAGUUUUUGAUGAAAUUGUUUUGUCGAUGAAAAUGAUGAAUAAAAUAAUAUCUAUUGAUCAGCUCUCUGGAGCUUUAGUUUGUGAAGCUGGAUGUGUUUUGGAAGUUUUGGAAAAGUAUGCUGAACAAUACGGAUUAAUGAUGCCUCUGGACCUUGGGGCAAAGGGAAGUUGCCUUAUCGGGGGAAAUAUAUCUACGAAUGCCGGAGGUCAAAGAUUAUUAAGAUACGGAAAUUUACAUGGAUCCGUAUUGGGUCUUGAAGCUGUUACAGCCGAUGGCCGAGUAAUCGAUUCUAUUAGUACACUGAAGAAAAAUAACACCGGUUAUCACCUGAAGAAUUUAUUCAUCGGCUCCGAAGGCACUCUGGGAGUCGUCACUAAAGUUGCGAUUCAGUGUCCCACUCGUCCGCUAGCGCAAAACGUUGCUUUUGUCGGCCUGAAUAGUUUCGAUAAAGUUUUGAAAACUUUUGUGCUGGCGAAAGAAAAGCUCGCAGAAAUUUUGUCCGCCUGCGAGAUGAUAGACUCAUGGUCGAUGGGAAUCAGCACCGAUUUGCUGCAUCUCAAGAGCCCGCUCGGUCAGAAGCACCAAUUUUACAUGCUCAUUGAGACGUCUGGAAGCAAUCAGGAGCAUGACGAAGAUAAACUUACGUCUUUUCUUGAGAGUGCUAUGGCUGAGGAACUUAUUGAAGACGGGACUAUGAGUGGUGACCCUGCAAAAAUUAAGAACAUUUGGGAAGUUCGUGAGCGUUUGGGUGAAGGUUGCCUGCGUGACGGCUACUGCUUCAAAUACGAUGUAUCGCUACCACUUCCCCACUUCUACAAACUGAUUGAAGCCCUUCACGAACGUCUAGACACUUCACGCAUCGUUCGGAUCAGCGGAUUUGGUCAUUUAGGCGACGGGAACUUACAUGUGAUAGUGGCAACACCCGAGUACGACCCAGAGAUCGAGUCUCAACUUGAGCCUUUCCUCUUUGAGUACGUAUCGGAGCAGCGUGGGAGUGUGAGCGCCGAGCAUGGGAUCGGAUUUAAAAAAACAAAAUAUCUCAGCUAUAGCAAAGACAAGUCUGCGAUCCAGCUGAUGAAGGAAAUAAAAAGCUUGAUGGAUCCCAAUGGAAUUUUGAACCCUUACAAAGUUCUUCCCUAGAUUUAAUUAUUAUUUAAUUAGUCAAGAGUAAAUUUAUUUUUUUAUUUAAAACAUUCCAAUUGUUGAUCAGUCAUUAGUUUUAAGUGUCGGGUUAAAUAAAAUUUGUUAUUUUGUUUUAAGAAA